AUGAGCAGGGCGAUGCUUCUGCAACAGCGCUGGCAGGAGCUGAAGGAGAGAGAGCUUACAGCCCAACAAAACAACAGGCAGAUGCUGCAGCAGUUUGAGGAAGCCCAGGACACACUGAAGGAGAUGUUAACCCUCACUGCUGCCAUGAAAACUAUUCGGAUGGAGUAUAAACGGUACCUGGAGGAGAGCUGCCCCCGCUGGCAGCAGCAACUCAAGGAGAAAACACAGGCUGCUCAGAGGAAGAGGAUGGAGGAGUAUUUGAGGUCAUGUCUAAAGAACACAGAGGAACGAGAGACAGCAUCUUCUACAGAUCAACCUUUCCUGUCACAAGGCUCCACCACAAUGAACCAAAAUAUUGUUGCACCUCCAAGGCACUACAGCCCAAACAGCCACUUAGCCUACAACCAAGAUGGCUCCCCUUAUCUCCCCUACCCGCAGUCUUCCAGGCAGACCCGCCUUCAAUCCCAGACGGCCAGGUGUCCUAUCAGAGCGCCUUACCAACCUCAGGGUUCCUCACACGUCCCUUUAUCUUUCCUCCCACCACACAUCUUCCCACAGCUCCACCACCUCACCUCCUCACCCGGUGAUCGACAACCCAGACCCAGGCUAAAUCCACCAGGCUGGGCUGCCAUGCAGCCCGACCAACCCUGGUCCUGGGCUGCUGGUGCAGCUGGGAUCCUCUCUGGCACUGAGGCUCUGUGGGGUCAGCUGUACCCGGAGGAGCCUCCUCCUGAGAUGGGGAUAGCGCAGGUGGUGGGGGAGGAGACUGACACAAGCCGGGCAUCAAGCUCAAAGAGAGAGAGAGGUGGUGGAGGCAGGAGCAGUCGUUUAUCCCCGGAGCUGGAUAUCAAACCAGUUCGUCUGUCCGGUGGCCUCGCAGAAAGCAGUGAGAGCAGCAGGGAGCCCAGCCAGGUGAGCAGAGAGAAGAGAAAGAAGAGGGAGGAGAGAGGGAGAUCACAUUGUUCCUUCUCAGCCAGCCAAAGCUGCAGCUCUCAGGAGUCAUCCAGUGCCAUUGUCAUUGCUGCAGUGAAAGUGGUCCAAAGCUCAGAGAGUGACGCCUCAGAGAAAGGCAGAACCAGCACAAGGAGAACCAGGAGAAGUGGGGGGCUUGCUGUUGGAUCACCAAGGGAUGAGAAGGUGGUGAAGGGAAGCAAGGGAGACGACCCAGUGAGUCACAAAGAGGAGAGUCAGUCAACUAGUGAGGAGUUAGGGGGGCGAAUUGAGGAAUUCAGAAGUGAAAACGCAGAGAAUCAAAAUCCUGACGAUAAAUCAGAAAGCUGUGGAGAGGAGUCUGGAUCCCAAAAGGAGGAAACAGGAAGUGUUAGUAUAAAGAUUGAAACCGGAGGUGGAGAUGAAGUAGAAAAACAGGAGAGUAGCAGCUCUGAACGAAGCAAUGUAGGAGAAAAGAAUGAGGAAGAUCUAGAUGGAGAAGAUGGUGACGCUGAAGAAAAAGAGAACAGUCAGACAGAUGAAGAGCAAGAGGAGAGCGAUGGGGAGGAGGAUCAUGAGGCUUCUGAGAGAAAGAGUGCCAAGGAGGAAGACGAGGAGACAGGAGCAGAUGAGCAGGAUUCAGAGGAUGAGAGUGACGGAGAGGACAACAUGGAGGACGAGGAGUCAGAUGAAGAGGAACAGAGAGGAGACUUAGCAGGAGAACCAGAGGAGGAAAAAGACUCGGACGACAGCAUCAUCUCACCACAGGACAAGUCUAAAAAGAUGCACAUUAUUCCAGAGGAGGCAAGUGAAGAAGAGGAAGAAGAGGAGAGUAAAACAGGAUCCUCUGACGAUGACUCGAACGAGAUAAGUGAUGAAGACGAUGUUGAGAAUCUACUUGCACCUCAAAAACAAUCACAGAAAAAAGAAGAAAAGGACCUGAAAGCAGACGAGCAACCCAAAGCAAUUUGUGACACCGUGGAGAUUUUUCAAGUGGAGCCGGAUAAAUCAACAAAGUCUGAUCACCCAAGUGACUCUGAUGAGUUUGACCACUUUUAUGGUUAA